UAACAUUAUCUGUUAAUGCUCUGCUCUCCGGGUUAUUUAUUAUCAUCAGCUCUCUUCCUAACGCUUUCAUCUUUUCUUUUCUUCUCUUUUUUUUUUGUUAUUGAGAAGAUGGUUCCAUCAAAGCCAGAAGAAGUUGUUACUGUUGAUGUGAGCCAAGCCAAGACUCUCCUCCAGUCCGACCAUCAAUAUCUUGAUGUUAGGACCGAGGAAGAGUUCAGGAGAGGCCAUUGUGUGGCACCUAAGAUCCUCAACGUUCCCUACAUGCUCAGCACACCUCAAGGGAGAGUGAAGAAUCCAAAUUUUUUGGAUCAAGUAUCUUCUCUUCUCAGCCCAACUGAUGAUAUCCUUGUGGGUUGUCAGAGUGGAGCCAGAUCCUUAAAUGCCACAAGUGAGCUUGUUGCUGCAGGUUACAAGAAAGUGAGAAACAUAGGAGGUGGGUACUUGGCUUGGGUGGAUCAGAGCUUUCCCAUCAACAAGGAGCAGCAGCAAUCUGCAAACUAAUCAUCCUCUUUUAUUAAAAUAAAAAAAAAGAAGUAUAAUGCAAACUGUGAUGUAAUAAUGUAUCGCCUAUUUAGAAUGUUAAGUGUGUUGCUGUGUCAUCAAAUAAAAGCUGUGUUAAUUAUGAGUAA